AUGGAGGGCGUCAAUUUCCGGCAGAGUCAUGCAAACGUAUCUCCCGCAUUACCUCUGGGCGCGAUUAUACGGAACGGCAUAUGGGCGAUGAUCUCGACCUUGGGAAGAGACCUGGAGAUCUCGACGUUGGUGGCGGUAUUUGAUAUUGACGCUCUGCAUGUGAGCAGCAACAUUAGAGUGGCCCUGACUGUCAGCGGAUUGAUCAGCGUGGGGGCGCACAUUGGCCAAAAUAAAGAUAUGCCGACCAGCAAGGAUCCUGCGUCUGAUGGCUAUGGGCGAAUCACGCCUCGCAUCCUUCCAUCAUUGCUUGUUUUUCGCCUUCCCGGCCCUCUGGGUACUACGGUGUAUACAGCAUCGGCUCGAACCCUAGACGAGCACCGCGCUUUUAUUGUCCUUUGGUACGGAUCACUGCCCCGCCUGGAGACGCUAUCGGCGGCCGCAUUGUCUACUGCAGAUGAUACACACUGCCUCUGA